AUGGAUCCAAAUCAAUAUAUCGCUGAGGUUGAGCUGGGAGAUGUUGAAGAGCAAGAAACACUUUUGCCGUCCGACCAGCGAAUAAGCUUUGACACGAUCUCCACGAAACACCGCUCCAUUCAGCACUAUUCCGCUGUACUUGCUGGGAUAUUUUUCCUCUUAUCAAGUUUCGCUGUUGUUGAGAUUUGGCGUAAACCCUCUGAGGCGAAAUGUGUCAAAAGGCUCAACGGUUGGUCACCGAUGUUGGACGCAGUGCAGUAUCAGCGUGUGGACUUCAAAGACGAAUCAAAUGUAUCAUUUAUGGGAAUACCAACAGCACAUCUGGAAAAAAAGUGGGAUGAUCUCUGGAGAUUUGGAUCGCUAGGAAUUCCGGAGACCUAUCUACCAUAUCUCAACAAAUCUGUCUCAGAAUACGAUUGGCACCAUCUUCCUUCAGAGCUAGGUGGAGGCAUUCAAGCAUACUUUGAAGGGUUUCACCAAAUCCAUUGCCUGAACCUCGUACGGCAGUACACAUACCGACAUGAGUACGACUACAGCCAUGUCCAUGCAUUCGUCAACCCACAUAUCGAUAUACUAGAGCACGUCGAACACUGCCUAGAAAUCUUACGGACAAAGAUCAUGUGUGAGGCGGACACUACGCUAUACUCAGCAGCUCAUGAUCUUGAACGAGGGUCGAAUGGGCCAAUUCACACAUUUUACAGCCGGUGGACGAGGAGUGAGGAAAUGAGUGUUUCCGAUGACCGGAGCAAACCCUCGAAUAGCCUCUGGAUCAUCCGCAAUGAGAUAUGGCGUAGUGUCACAAUCACAAAGCAGUUCCUCCCGAAGAGUCUCUAUGCACUCGUCGACUAA